CGACGCUCGACGCUCCACCGCUCAGUCUGUCGACGUCGACGGCGCUCGCUCGAUCACCCACAGGAUCCGGUCGCUGCGUUGGCGACGAAGCGCGGAACGUCCGACGGCGAGUUUGCUGCGCUCGCACGCGACUAUUUCGUUUUUUCCGGGCGGUAUUUUUUUUUUUGGUUCUCUUCUCCGGCGGACAGUUGUUGUGCGUUUGGGGGACAUCCGAGGCGUUUGGAUGAAGCUGGGGUUUUUUAAGCGAACCGGCGACUACCCGACCAGAAAACCGACUCGUACAUCAACAACAACGAUGUCGAUAGAACGUUUCAAGUAAAUAAUACCCAGUGUCACGGCACCCCCGCAUCCUUUUGAUGUAAUGCGAAAUAAACUGAACGCUACCGCGUGCGCGGCCCUCUUGGAUGGAGUGAACUUCGCCGAUUCGCAUUUGUUGCUCUCGCUAUCGGUGCUCGCUUUGAUCAACGUGAUGGUGAUAGUGGGCAAUUGUCUCGUCAUCGCCGCCGUCUAUUACUCGUCCAAGUUGCGUUCGGUCACGAAUUUCUUCAUUGUGUCGCUGGCCGUCGCCGAUCUCAUGGUGGGCGUCGCCGUCUUGCCCUUUUCCGCCACCUGGGAGGUCUUCAAGGUGUGGAUAUUCGGCGACGUCUGGUGCCAAGUGUGGCUGGCGGUGGACGUGUGGAUGUGCACGGCGUCCAUCCUGAAUUUGUGCGUCAUCUCGUUGGACCGCUACGUGGCGGUGACCCGCCCGAUAACGUACCCGAGCAUCAUGUCCCAUUCGAGGGCGAAGGGCCUGAUCGCCGGCCUGUGGAUACUGAGCUUCGUGAUAUGCUUCCCGCCGUUGGUCGGGUGGAAGGACAGCAGGAAGCCGGAGCAAGAAUACCUCGCCGGCGUCGAGACGGAAGGCGUCGACGUUAACUCGACCGGGCAUCGGCGGGAGCUCGAAGAGAACCCGCACUGUCCUUGGCAAUGCGAGCUCACUAACGAGGCCGGAUACGUUGUUUACUCGGCCCUCGGCUCGUUUUACAUACCUAUGUUCGUCAUGCUCUUCUUCUACUGGAGGAUAUACAGGGCGGCCGUCCGCACCACCAGGGCCAUCAAUCAAGGCUUCAGGACCACCAAAGGUAAAGGCUCCAAGGGUAUCGGUAACAGGUUCGACGAGCAGCGGCUGACGUUGCGCAUACACCGAGGACGCGGCUCUUCGGGCAGAAGGCCCUACGGCUCGCCGCACAGCAACGGCAGCAACAGCACGACGACGACGGGCAGCGCCAGCGCCAGCCCCAGCCCUUCGACCAGGGGCCGCAAGGAGAAGGUCCAGAUCAGCGUGAGCCAUCCGUCGAGCGAGAAUUUGGCGCCUACAUUGCUAGCUGUGACGCCGACGUCGCCGAUGACGCAGCCCUCCUACGCCGUGCACUACUCGGUCAACGGGAAGGACUCGUCGACGAGCACGCUGAGCAAGCCGGGCGCCGCCGGCCAGGAGACCCACCUGCGCGUCCACCGGCUCGGCUCCUACCGCAGGCCGUCGUCGCGGCGGUCGAGCAGCUGCGACAGCACCUGCGAACGGGCGUCGAGCCCCAGCUUCAGCGGCUGCGAGGAGACCGGCAACACCAAGAGGGCCAUGUCGAAGCGGAUGGGCAGGAGGAACAUCAAGGCUCAGGUGAAACGAUUUCGCAUGGAAACGAAAGCCGCGAAAACGCUAGCCAUAAUAGUAGGUGGAUUCAUCUUCUGUUGGUUGCCGUUCUUCACCAUGUACCUAGUGAGAGCUUUCUGCCAAGACUGCAUACAUCCUCUUCUAUUUUCGACGCUGUUCUGGCUGGGCUACUGCAACAGCGCCAUAAAUCCUCUAAUCUACGCGCUAUUCUCCAAAGAUUUCAGGUUCGCCUUCAAAAGGAUAAUCUGCAAAUGCUUCUGCACGAACAGACAGCGGGACUCCAGACGGGGAUCGGACGGGUCCCAGUUGCAGGGCAAGCAUUUCAGAACGCCCAGCUAUAACAUCCAAACGCAGGGGAACUCCCUGGGCGACGACAGCGACCCCGGGGGUGAAAUCACCGAUUCCAGGUGACGCAGUGCCAAAAAGGGCAUCAGCAAGAUGCACGAGGAAAAGGAAUCGGUCCUGAAAGUGGCCAUGUGCAUGAUGGUUGGCUGACAAAGCGAAAAUUUCGGUACCGGAAACACUUCGGUAUAAGUAGAUAGAGUCUAUCUGCAACAGAAUACACAAAGUCGUGGUGCUGAGAAUUUAUAUUUAUAAUUAUACACCUAAUUGGUAAGUUACUAGAAAAAUACUUACUGUUCGAUUGUACUUAGUAAACCGUGUAUAAAAUGUAAAGAAAAUAAACAAUUUAAGCGUCUUAAUGUCUCCCUGUGCCGGGGAAAGGAAACUAACGUAGGUAGCUUAAAAGGAUUUUCUGUCGAGUUGCGAUAAUACUUUGCGGUCCUUUAAUUCUAUUUUUUAUUACCCCCACGAUACUAAAACCAGGGAAACUAAGAUGAUGGUUUUAUUUGUAAAAUUUACCAGCAAAGCAGUUGCAAUGAGAGGGAUUAUUUUAACAACACUUACCUAUUCUGAUUAAAAGAUUUUUCUCAUAUCGUUUUUUAUACGAAUUUUAUUUUAACAGUCGCAUAAGCAUAUUUAUAUGUGCAUUUAAAGUAAUACCAAUCAUAUUUACUGUUAAACAUUUGUAUUUAAAAAUAUGUACAGACAGGGUAGAUUUCACUUUUGUAUUGUUCAUAUGUAGGUACUGGAAAAUUUUAAAAGUUAAAUGAUAUAUUGUUAAAUAUGUAUUUUGAGAUUUUCUCGUCCGUGAACACAAAUUCACGAUAACAAUAUAGUCUAGUCAAUAAAAAAGCGUAGACUAAUUAGAAAUAGCAAUUACCUAAAUGUGUUACAAUGUCCAAAAUGUAUCGAUGUCCAUUAUUAUUGUUGUUAUGAAUUAUUGAAUUUUAAACCUCAUUGUGGAAUAGUUGAGGCAAAACAACUAUUUUUGGGAAAUACGCUUCACUUUCAGAAAAAGUAAAACUUAGAUUGUAAGUGUAUAAUAUUGUAGAAAAUUGUAGAUUAAAUUACGCUAAAUCAUCUCUAUAAAGAAACAAUUUCUUUAAAAAUUUACUGCUUUAAAGGCG